GAGAUUAUCUGUCAAGCAUAAGACCACAGACAAGAAUUAGACAACUGACAACAAUGCAACAAAGAAAAUAAUAACAGCCCAGAGGAAAAGAUCAAAAGAAAAGCUGCAAGACAAGAAGGAAAACAAUCUUUUGCAAACCUGACAUGGACAGCAAAGACAAUUGAUCUUUGUAAAUACUUGUAAAUAAGAAGUGGACAGACAGUAACCAGGACUUAUGUUAGAAUAGUGCGACAUAGAUCACUGAUGCAUAUUUCACAUGAUAAGGCAUCCAAUACACACAUAACUGGGAAGAAAGAAGAGAACUUCAGGCAAAACGAAUAAGAAGAGGAGUUCUGAAAAGAAAAGCUGUAUUACCAGAUUUUAAACUUUGCCAUGAUUGUAUCUUCUGCUCUUAUGAUAUGGAAAGGCUUGAUAGUUGCCACUGGAAGUGAAAGUCCUAUUGUGGUGGUGCUGAGUGGCAGUAUGGAGCCAGCAUUUCAUAGAGGAGACCUUCUGUUUUUAACAAAUUUCCGGAAAGAUCCCAUUAGAGCUGGGGAAAUAGUCGUUUUUAAAGUUGAAGGAAGAGAUAUUCCUAUAGUCCACAGAGUCAUCAAAGUUCACGAAAAAGAUAAUGGAAAUGUCAAAUUUCUGACUAAAGGAGAUAAUAAUGAAGUUGAUGAUAGAGGUUUGUACAAAGAAGGUCAAAACUGGCUAGAAAAGAAGGAUGUUGUAGGAAGAGCAAGAGGGUUUUUGCCAUACAUUGGGAUGGUUACCAUAAUCAUGAAUGAUUAUCCGAAAUUCAAGUAUGCUCUUUUGGCUGUAAUGGGUGCAUAUGUGAUACUGAAACGUGAAUCCUAAAACAAGCAGAAGCAAUUCCUGGGACUGGACUGAAAUGAAUUCUAUUGAAAAAAGAAAAACUAAUAUAUUUGAAAUAUUCCACUUGCUAUAUAAAAGAAAACAAUAUGCAGGGGUUUUUGUCUUGUCCAAAUAAAUGACUCAUCAGUAAA